CUAAUGCUUUAACGCGUACACUUUACCAACUUUUUCGAGAAAAAAAACGUGGCGGUGCAUUAGAGCAAGAAUCAUUUUAGCAAAAAAAAACUCAAUCUUGAAAUCAUCUCCCAUCCAAGAUCACACCCUUUUCAGCUAAAAAAAUUCAAAAAUUUCCCAAAUCAAGAAUUGCUUUUUGGUAAUAAUGGAUCUGCCACCAGAGGAGCUUCAAUUCUUGACUAUACCUGAUAUUUUCAAAGAAUCAAUCUCCAUACCCAAAAGAUCCCCAAAAACUUUCUACCUUAUUACCCUUACAUUAGUAUUCCCUUUGUCUUUUGCAAUCUUGGCUCAUUCUUUGUUCACUCACCCCAUCAUUACUCAGCUUCAAGAAAACCCAAAUUCAUCUCAUGCCUCACAAUGGACCAAGCUCAUUGUUUUCCAGUUCUGUUACCUGCUUUUCUUGUUUGGUUUCUCUUUACUUUCAACUGCUGCUGUUGUUUUCACUGUGGCAUCAAUUUACACCUCAAAGCCUGUGUCUUUUUCUUCUACCUUAGCUGCUAUUCCCAGUGUUUUCAAGAGGCUUUUUAUUACUUUCAUUUGGGUUUCUCUUUCUAUGUUGGCUUAUAACACUGUUUUCUUGAUUUUUCUUGUGCUUUUGAUUGUGGCAGCAGAUACCCAGAAUGUGGUUUUGUUCCUCUUUUCAUUCUUGGUUGUGUUUGUGCUCUUCCUUGUAGUGCAUGUUUACAUCAGUGCAUUGUGGCAUUUGGCUAGUGUGGUGUCUGUUCUUGAGCCUGUUUAUGGUAUAGGAGCUAUGAAGAAGAGUUAUGAGUUGUUGAAAGGGAGGACAGGGAUGGCAUUUUUCCUUGUCUUCGGGUACUUGUCGAUUUGUGGGGUGAUUAAUGGUUUUUUUGGGACAAUUGUAGUGCAUGGAGGUGAAAGUUAUGGUGUGUUUUCAAGAAUUGUGGUUGGUGGAUUCCUGGUUGGAGUAUUGGUGAUUGUGAAUCUUGUGGGGCUUUUGGUGCAAAGUGUGUUUUACUAUGUUUGCAAGAGUUAUCAUCAUCAGGGGAUAGACAAGACUGCUCUGUAUGAUCAUCUUGGGGGAUACCUUGGGGAGUAUGUGCCGUUGAAAAGCAGUGUUCAGAUGGAGAACAUGGAAACUGGUGCCUUGACACCAUGAUGACAUUGAUUAUUGAUACAACAAAUUGAGAAAAGACAAAGGUGGUAGGACAGUGAAGAGAUCGGAGCAAGCAUUUGAUCAUCUUUUUGACAGUAUUCAAACUAGAAUUUGCUUUUUUGUGGUUUGAUUUCGUGGUUCUCCUUGUUGAGUUUGCAUGUAAUUAGCCUGAAGCAUUUAUGUCAGCUUGGUUGUGGGUGACAUGACAUGAGAAUUGUGCUAAUUGGAAGUUUUUAGCAUCUUUUUAAUGGUUUUCUGCUAUAUAACCUUGGGAUCAUUUGUGGGAUUGCAGCAGUUUCUUCUGUAAUAGAGUUCAUUUGAAUUCCAAAACCAAAAAUGAUGCUCUC